AUGUAUCUGGAGAACAAGAGCAAUCUGGAGAGGGAGAUGUCCCAGACGGGAGCUCAGGGCCAUCAGAAGACUGAGCCUGUGGCAGAGAACUUUGAUGAGCUGCGUCUCCUGGAAGGAUUUUCCAAGAGGACGGAGACACAGAAGCUGCUGCAGGCUGCUGCCGUCCCACCGGGACACCACAUCAUCUACACCAACCACCAGGAGCACAGGAGAAGCUUCAGUAUGGUGAACUUCCUGACGGGGAAGACGAGCCACACGGAGAGAUCGCCGCUGCUCCGCAUCGCUCAGGAUGAUGGUUUAACAUACAUGACCCUGCGUGACACCGGCUUCGUUCCGGGGGACGACUCAUGGGACGGGAACUCGGUCGAGCUGGAGCGGAGAUGUCGACUGGGGAGCGAGGUGACCAGCCUGUCCUACUCGGUGUCCACUGACAAAACUGAGAACAACUUCAAACUCUCCUCUAACCUCAGAAACUGUUUGAGUGUUACAAAACUUGUGACCAUCUUCAUCAUCGUCAUUCUCUGUACAUUGUUGUUCAGCAUGUUUCCUGAUCGAGACCGUCCCCGGAGGAUGCUGGCUGUCUCGUCCACUUCAAGUUUCUCUAUGAACUUGACAAAUUUCCGUGAAAAUGCCUUGCUGAAGCUUCAGGUGGGAGGUCCAUUUCAGGGUGGGAUCGAAGACGCUUCUGCACAGGAGUACAUCGUGGUCCAAGUAGAGCAGACAGUAGAGAUAUCGGCUCGCAGGAAGCGAGUGCAACAGGUGUUUUAUAACUGGACGAUACCUUUACAUUCCAAAAGGAGUGACGAGAUUCUCAAAACAAGGACCUUUGCGAUGCUUAAUGGAGCUCCAAUCCAGAUCACCGUGCAGGCCUUCCUGCAGGACAAUCAGGUGGUUCCUCUGUCCAUGACCCACCAGGCGCUUUCUCUACGAGUGGAAACUCAAGUGCUCAUUGCUGGACUCAUCCUGGCUGGAGUUUACGUGCUGAUCAUCUUCGAGAUCGUCCAUCGUACCCUGGCGGCCAUGCUGGGAUCACUGGCCGCGCUGGCAGCUCUCGCCUACGUCGGAGAUAGACCCAGCCUGAUGACGGUUGUAGAGUGGAUUGACUUUGAAACAUUGGCCUUGUUGUUUGGCAUGAUGAUUUUGGUGGCCAUUUUUUCUGAAACCGGCUUCUUUGAUUAUUGCGCUGUUAAGGCAUAUCACUUGUCCAGAGGACGCGUUUGGCCGAUGAUCAUCAUCCUGUGUCUCAUCGCUGCCAUUCUGUCUGCGUUCCUCGACAACGUCACCACCAUGAUGCUCUUCACUCCCGUCACUAUCAGGUUGUGUGAGGUGCUGAAUUUAGACCCCAGACACGUCCUGAUCGCUGAGGUCAUCUUCACCAACAUCGGAGGAGCAGCGACGGCGGUCGGCGACCCCCCCAACGUCAUCAUCGUCUCCAACCAGGACCUCCGCAAAAAGGGAAUGGAUUUUGCUGGGUUUACGGGCUACAUGUUCCUGGGAAUCUGCCUGGUUCUGUUGACCUCCUUUCCCUUCCUGAGGAUUCUCUUCUGGAAUAAGAAACUCUACAAUAAAGAGUCCAGCGAGAUUGUGGAGCUGAAGCAUGAGAUUCUGGUGUGGAGACAGACAGCACAGCGGAUCAACCCCGCCAGCCGAGAGGAGACCGCCGUCAAGUGUCUCCUCAUGGAGAAGGUUCUCAACCUGGAGAGCCUCCUGCGCAAGAAGCUCCGGACCUUCCAGAGGCAAAUAUCCCAGGAGGACAAAAACUGGGAGAGCAACAUCCAGGAGCUACAGAAAACGCACAGAAUCACAGAUAAAGUCCUGCUGGUGAAGUGUGUCUCGGUGCUCGCCAUAGUCAUCUUCAUGUUCUUCCUCAACUCCUUCGUAGCCGGGAUUCAUCUGGAGCUUGGUUGGAUUGCGGUACUCGGUGCUCUGUGGCUGCUGAUUUUGGCGGAUAUCCAGGACUUUGAGAUCAUCCUGCACAGAGUGGAGUGGGCCACGCUGCUCUUCUUCGCCUCACUGUUCGUGCUCAUGGAGGCUUUGGCGCAGCUUCAGCUGAUUGACUACAUCGGAGCUCAGACUGCAGCGUUAAUUAAAGCCGUACCAGAGGACGAGCGUCUGGCCAUCGCCAUCAUCCUGGUCAUGUGGGUCUCGGCUUUGGCGUCCUCACUCAUCGACAACAUUCCCUUCACUGCUACCAUGAUUCCCGUGCUGAUCAACCUAAGCCAGGACGUCGACGUCAACCUGCCGGUGAAACCGCUUAUAUUCGCUCUGGCCAUGGGAGCGUGCUUAGGAGGUAACGGGACCCUGAUCGGUGCGUCGGCGAACGUCGUGUGCGCUGGAAUUGCAGAACAACAUGGAUACGGGUUUUCGUUCAUGGAAUUCUUCAGGUUGGGAUUCCCCAUGAUGAUGAUGACAUGCACGAUAGGCAUGUGCUACCUGCUGGCGACUCAGAUAGGCCUGGGCUGGAACGUCUAAAUCUGACUUGUGACAGUGUCUGAUAUCUGAUUGAUGAUGAUGAUGAUGAUGAGGAACCAUUCUAGUCCAUGCUGACUGAAAUCCCAGUGCAUCGAGCUGCAACGAUGUACUAAACCAGUGGAACAAGGGAACACCUGCUGCGUAUUUCCACUGUUUUAUGGUGCUCUUGCCAACUUUCGUGUUAUUCCUA